CGCUUCACGGCCCAAUCUGGCUUCAGAUCAGCGCAGACUGCAGAUCACAUGACGCAGCGCUGCUGUGCGGCUGCAGCGCGGAAGGAAGGAAGGAAGCGAGUCGAAAUAGCGACACUGCGAAGUAAAACGUCCACAAACUGCAGGAAAAAAAACUGAAAGGGGCAGAAGAUUCAGACAGAAGAGACACUGGACCGAGAUGCUGGGAUCAUCCGGAGCAGAAAAGUCUGACCCGCAGAUGCUCCAAAUAUGAAAUGAGCAGCUUUGGGAUAAACUGACAAGAUAAGAGCAGCAGCACAUUAAGAGCCUAAUGCACGUGAAGCCCUCGGAAUAAACAGAACACCACAGUAAGGCAGGACAGAAGCGCAUGUGUGGACCAGAUGAAGUGUUUGCUGAUAGCCAGCGAGAGCGCCGAGGUCCUCUUCCACUGGACCGACCUCGAAUUUCAGCAGAAUAUCCAGAAGCAGUAUGGAGCAUCGCAGGAGGAGGGCCAGAGGUUUCCGGCCUUUGAGGACAUGAUCAGCACUCAGUUUGCUCCCAUCAUUAUCUCCUGCAGCACUAUAGUGGAUCGGCAGAGCGACAGCUACACCUCCUUCACCACGGAGAACAACCACAUCUACGUACUACACCAGUUCGAUGAGUGCCUCUACAUUGCUGUGAAUGGAGACGGUGAGGAGAAGGAGGACGAUCUGAGGAGGAAGAUCUAUGUGAUGAAGAAGAUGAUCGAGGUCCGGUUUGGCAUGGUCACCCUCAGCGGGGCCCUCCUAAAGAGAGAACUGCGGCCUCAGGACACGGAGCAGAGGGCGAGACUAUGGAAGCAACUCCAGAAGCUCCUGGAAACCUACAGCCGCCUGCGGGAGAACGACCAGAGCUUCUUAGUGGAGGCGGUGGAGAGGCUGAUCCACCCCACGCUGUGUGAGCAGUGCAUCGAGUUCCUGGAGCGCCGUUUAGUUCAGCAGCUCAACAGCAGCGUAGACAGAGCAGGAGAGGAGGUGCUGCAUGCUUUCAUCCUGGUUCACACCAAACUGCUUGCUUUCUACUCCAGCCGCAAUGCGAGUACGCUCGCCACCUCAGACCUCCUGGCUCUCAUCAUCAUGGCUCAGAAUAUGUGUCCUAGCAACGUAGACCUGGAUGACCCGAGCCCUGAGGAUGUGGAGAGUACGUCUGGUUCCGGUCCUGAAAGUUUCUACACUCCAGAGCCGUCCCCGACAGACAGAGACUCCAGCGAUUCAGAAAAACCAGUAAGAGAAAGUCCUCCUCUAUUUGAGUUUGUGGAUCCAGACAUCCAGAUGGCAGAGGACAGCUUGCACACUCUGGAAGUUAGUCCACCCGACCCUUCAGCCCCUCGCAGAGUCUUCCUGGAGGUCCACCUUAAAGACGGGUUGUAUCCCAUGAUGCCUCACUCCAUGUACUGUCUCCCAUUGUGGCCUGGCAUCACACUAGUGCUGCUAACUAAGAUUCCCACCAGUGCAGUGGCCAUGUCAGUGUAUAAAUUUUUGGAGGCCUUUGCCAAGCUGGAGAAGCGUUUAAAUGAAGGCCAAAGUCCUGCUGCUGCCAAAAGUCAGCUUACUACGCUUGAUAUCCGUGGCAAACUGGAUAAAUUCAUUAAAGCCUUGGGGCCCAGUGAGCUACAGUUCGGACAUUUACAAAGUGUAUGGACGGAUUUCAAGAGCAGAGCCUUUACCAAAGGAGGGUCUGGAUUCACUGAAGAUCUCAUCCCAUCGUGUAAGGCCAUGAAAACCCAGCUGUGUGGCGUAUACCGACACUGUUUUUUUACUGACUCUGGAUCAGCCGACACCCCUCGAUGGCUCUCGCCCGCUCUGCAGGAACGAGCCCAGACCAUGGUGCAAGACAAACUGAUAGACUGGAAGGACUUUCUGUUGGUGAAAAGCAAGAGGAAUAUCACCAUGGUGUCUUACCUGGAGGAUUUCCCAGGCCUCGUCCACUUUAUCUGUGUGGACCGAUCCACCGGCCAAAUGAUUGCGCCGUCACUCAGCAUCACAGAACGCACCACGUCUGAGCUGGGCAAAGGACCGGUGGCUCAGUACAUCAAAAGCAAGGUAUGGGGCCUGGUCAGCACAACACGGCGUUAUCUUCAGAAGGGCUACUCCACUGUCACCUUGCGUGAUGGAGAUUUCUACUUCUGCUACUUCCUCUGGUUUGAAAAUGAAACAGGCUACAAGUUAGAGGCAGGGGACAUACCCACCCUACCUGAUGACUCAGCCCCCAUUGGGAUGCUUGCGUGGGACUACUACAGGAAGCUGCUUCGGUAUUACAGGAAGAAUCACCAGGGCGAGGCGGUGAAGUGCUAUGAGCUGCUGACAAUCCACCUGGCGGUCAUCCCCACCGACAUCAUCCUCCAGCACUGCAGACAGCUGGCAACCAAAUUGUGGGAGCCUUCACGCAACCCGCUGCUGUAGACACACUCAAAGUGAGAGUAGCCAAGGUUUGUUGUACUGCCAAGAGCUCAAAAAAACACAUUCUCUCACUCUCAUUAUAGAUACACACUGUGCUGUACAUAGAUAGAGUGACCUAGUAUUGUUUAUUGUAUGCACUUACAUUUGUGAUUAGAACAUUCUAAUGCCAUUGUGCACUUACGCACUUUUAUCUCUCUUUUAUGAACUAUUUUGACAAUGUCGCUCCUUGAUUUUUAUAUAUUUUUGAACAUUAAUUACGGGCUGUUUCCUAUUUAUUAGUAAUGCUGCAUAUGUAUAUAGUUAAACUGUUUGUUUUUUUUUCACUUUUAAAAAUUUGCAGCUGAUAGAAAGAUAGAAAGAUUUUAGAAAGCAGCGACUCUCCAUUUUUGUCUGUACUGCUGCCAGUGUCAUUUGUUGUAUAAAUGAAAGAUGCAACACAAUAAAUUAUUCUGUGUUUCUCUUAA